UAUUAACCUCUAGAGAGAAGAAGAAGGCCAAGGAAAAAUGUCACUCUUCCUCUGUUUCCUCUGCUUCUUACCCCUUAUCUUAAUCUUUUUGAAAAUUUUCAAAUCUUCGAAAUGGAACGUUCCUCCUGGUCCAAAGACGCUUCCGAUCAUCGGAAACUUACACCAACGCCGGGAACUACAUCCCAGGCAUCGUCGAAAUCUCUCCGACAAAUACGGACCAGUAGUGCUUCUCCAAUACGGAUUCGUCCCCGUGGUGGUGAUCUCUUCGAAAGAAGCAGCAGAGGAAGUUCUAAAAAUCCACGAUCUUGAGUGUUGUAGUCGACCAGAGACGGCCGGGACCAGAGCAGCUUUUUACAACUUUAAAGACGUCGGGUUCGCACCUUACGGUGAAGAGUGGAGAGUGAUGCGGAAGCUCUCGGUGGUCGAGCUCUUCAGCUUGAAAAAGCUUCAAUCUUUUAGGUCUAUCAGAGAGGAAGAGAACGACUUGUGUGUCAAGAAACUCUCUGAGUUUGCUACGAAACGAUCUCCGGUGAAUCUUGAGAAAACCCUUUUCACUUUGAUCGGAAAUAUAGUGUGUAGGAUCGGGUUCGGGAUCAAUCUUUAUGAUUGUGACUUCGUUGAUGAAGAUAGGAUCGUUGAUCUUGUGCACAAGUCUGAUGAGGUCAUAGGAGAUUCUCUAUUCUCUGAUUUCUUUCCCGGGAGAAUCGGCAGACUCAUCGACCGGAUCUCCGGUCAGAGCAAGAGGUUGAACAAUCUUUUCUCGGAACUAGACACUUUCUUUCAGAAUAUUCUCGAUCAUCAUCUCAAGCCUGGAAGAGAGAGGUCCUAUAUCAUUGACGUGAUGAUCGCUAUGAUGAAGAAGCAAGAGACAGAUGGAGAUGCUUUCAAGUUCACCACUGAUCAUCUCAAAGGGAUGAUCUCGGUACCGUACCUAUAAUAUAAUAGUCUUUUU